GGGAGGCGUCGGAGAGUUUCGGCCGCUUGUCAUUCCCCUGAGGAAAAAAAGAAGGUGUGAGCGAAAUUUACCUGGCCUCCGUCACCUGGCGCCGUCCGUGUACAUGUUGGUCGUCGAAUUUCAAUUUUACGAAGACGCGAAACGCUGGCUUCGCUUAGGAGUAAGACGGAAAAGGCUUUACAGGAUGCCAAGAAAAUCCUGACUCGCAGCACAAGGAUGAGCGUGACGUCAUGGUUUCUGGUCAGCAGCUCAGGCACGCGCCACCGGUUGCCACGGGAGAUGAUCUUUGUUGGCAGGGACGACUGCGAGCUAAUGCUGCAGUCUCGAAGCGUGGACAAACAACACGCUGUGAUCAACUACGACCCAAACGCAGACGAGCACAUGGUGAAGGAUCUUGGCAGCUUAAACGGGACAUUCGUGAAUGACCUCAGAAUUCCGGACCAGACAUACAUCACCCUCAAACUUUCAGAUGUGAUUCGCUUUGGCUAUGAUGCUCAUGUUUAUAUCCUGGAAAAGAGUCAACACAAGGUGCCGGAGGAAGCACUUAAACAUGAAAAGUAUACUAGCCAGUUACAACUCGGUCUCAAAGCCUUGGAUACCCGGGCGAAGGAAAAGCAGCAGAGCCCAGAGAAGAGCAAAGAAGCUGUUUCCAAUGUGAAGCUACACCAGAAGAGCGAGCGCAAAGCCCUUUCACUUACAGCUGCUACAGAUACACCAAUAUCUAAGCAAACUCCUCUCUAUGGCCAACCAUCAUGGUGGGGAGAGGAUGAGGAUUCAGCUACUAAAAUCCAGAAGCGAAGCGGUAAAUCCUCUGACCUACAGAUUCCAGAAUCUGGUAGAAAUGUUUCCAGCUACGAGCUCAGUGGUUCUUUGUCAGAUAACCAAGGCAAAUCCAUCUUUUCCUACCGUCGUGAGCCCAGCUACUUCGAGAUCCCCACCAAGGAGAUCCAGCAUCGGCCUACCAAGAAAGCGGAGUCUCAAGUUCACGAAGUUCCAACAAAGGACACUCAAGAUCCCUCUGACCAUGUCCCAUCCACCCCCACGCCUCCUGUGGUCCAAAGCCAUGCCUCCUUUACUAUUGAAUUUGAUGAAUGUAACCCGGGCAAAAUGAAGAUCAAGGAUCACGUCACAAAGUUCUCAUUCCGUCAGCAGCGUAAGCCGCCUCCUGCAGAGGCUGUGACCACACCUACUGAAGUGAUGUCAGCUGAAAGUAAGGUUGCUGAUUGGCUUGUUCAAAGUACUGCUAACAUGAUGAGGAGAAGGUCCCAGGGUGACAUCUACAGUCCCAGCAGCGAUCCAUCACUUCUGUUGACUACCAAGGCAGCUCGAUAUGAAAAUGGCACUGACAUUCAAUCUGAAGAUCCAACAAUCAAUGAACAGGGUUUUCUACGGUCGCAAGUUCUAAUUGACUCCCAGAUUUCAUCUCAGCCACAGAGGGUCUCCUCCUCACAGCGCUUCACAGAAAUAGAGCAGCCUUCCUCCUACUGCCCUCCAGAAUUUCAGUCUGCUAGUGGCAAGGCAGAUCCUCAUCGAGCUUUCAUCAUAGAAUUCUAUGAUGAUCAUUCUGCUGAUGCCCCCAGAAGGAAAUGUUCUCAGACCAUCCAAUCAGAUCAAUCUAACCUCAGGGUCCAUCUUGAAAAGGCCAGGAAAAGCUCCACUGUAGCUGGUGAGAAGCAAGUCCAGUCUCCAGCUUGUCGCACUCCCCCGUCCCAACGGUACACUAUUCCCCUCAAAGCUCCUGCUUCUAUAAGUUCCAGUAGAGGUGGCUCAUUACGACGGGAAAAGACAGAGGAUCGGAUAAACACUGGCUUUUCAUCAAGGUCAGCAUCCGCCAUUUCUGCAAGGCCUUUUAGCAGCGUAGGCCGAAGAUCCAAACUGGCUAAAGAAUUUACUGCUGAAUGGCUCAAACAGACAAAGCAGACAUCUUCAAGCGAAGAUAAAAAUAUAUCUAGUCCACCAACAAAACCUAAAACUGAAACAUCGGCAGCAUCUCAGCCUGAUCUGACUGUCACUAACCCUGCCCAAGUUGAGUCUUCCCUUCAUCCCAAGACCUCUUCUCCUAUCCAAGAGCCCGUUCCCCUCACAGUGCCUACGAUUCCUCUUGUAUGUCAGAGUGAAGAGGUCAAGCAUUCCCAUGUGGGCCCUCGAAAUCCAGAAGACGACAGUCUAAGUGAUGCAGGAACUUACACCAUUGAAGCUGACAUCUCUGAUAAGGAGCUUGAAGAAGCACGGAAAAGAAUUGAUAAGGUGUUUGGUGUUGUUGAGAAUCCAGAGCGAACGAACCACAGUGAAGCAGACACAUCAGCGGCAUUUAGGCCUAUUAUUUUUGAGGGAAGGGAGGAGCAUAGGCAGAGUAGCGAUGGGGAAGUGAGGACCGCUCCACAACAAGGAGCAAGUGGGGUGAAGGUUCAGCUAGCAGGUGCAGUGAUGCAGGGGGCUCCAAAAUGGAUGUCUUGCUGGGCAAGCUUGGCAGACGUGGAGACUGGUCCUUCAUCUGGCCAAUUUCAUAUGUUGUCCCAGAUGGAGCUAUCAGGAAGUGCACAGGGCACACGCAGCCAAGAUCACGACAGCGUGGACUCAGAAGGCCCAAGAGCACGGCCAAACCUAGGAGAGAAGAGUGACAUUGUAGCUCCUAGCAUUCAUGUUCAUCACGAUCCACAUUCAACAUUUGAAGUUGAGGAAAGCGGCUCAGUGACCACUGGCUCUCAUGAUGGCAUUCAUAGAUUGUCCGUGCAGGAUGACGUAGAGCCUGAUAGUCUGAGUGAUGCUAGCAAGUCUGAUGAUGGAUCCGUCGUAGAGCGGCGGAAGAGGCCGUUGUCAGACACGGGAAAGAGGACAAACGAAGACGAGGUCAGACAGUCUGAGAAGUCAAAAGCAUUCUACAUUGAUUCAGAAGAUGAUGCCCCACAAUUACAAUGUAGGGCUUCAAACCUCCUCAACAAGACUGUUGAAAAGACUGAGAAAAAACGUUCUACCAAAACCUUCUCAACUGCUACUUUGACCAAGCGCAGAGGGAGCCAGGAAUCGGGCAAAGUGAGACCAACCAUGUCAGCUUCUCUUCUGGUCCAGGAAACGGAGAACUCUGAGUCCAAGGACUGCUCAAUGUCCUCCUUAAUCAGACAAGAGAGCUUCACCAAAGAGCAGCCGAGCAGUAACAGACUGCCCAACAUCUCUUCCCACGGAGACCUUCAGCCUGAUUUAUUCCAGCCAACCUGCAGCCAAGACACUCAUUCUUACCUCAAAGACACGGAGGACGUUUUAGCUGUUCUGGAGGCCAAGCUCCUAGCAGGCCAAUCAGAAACCACCCCUUCUCCCAUACCAGACUCACUCUCUGGGGAGUCCGAUGUAGAUUCCUCCAGUACACUCAGCCAGCAGAGCAGUAGGACCAGGUCCAACCCCCAAACUAAAAAUUCUCCGUCAAGUGGUCUACAAAGGGAGACGUCUUCAGCCAGUACAUCUAGCCACUACUCCAACCCACAGUCUUCUGUUUUGAGCCAUCAACGAAUAGCAAAAACCGAGCCCCUAAGGAGAGCAGUUGGACUAAGGCGUAGCGUUGGCAAAUGUGGCUCAGCCGAACUGAGUGACGACCCUCAAAGUUCCAAUGUCCCGUACUCUGAUCAGGAGUCAAACUCUACACAAGUGCGGAAAAAGUCCACUGUACCAUUUCAGCGGGAGGAUGCCAAGAGUUCUAAGGUGCAUCAAAGUCUGAGCCGUGUCCAUAGCUUUUCAGCGCCAAGACCCACCCGGGCAUCCAUGCUCCGGCGAGCCCGCCUUGGUGACGCCUCUGACAACGAGACCACAGAGACGGAAAGGCUCUCCCAGGAGACGACUAACAUCCCUGCUAAGGAAAACAAAAAACUUUCCAGGUGGGACAUGCUGGCCAUGCCUCGCCGGAGGACGAGCUCCUUCCAAGCAUCUAGUGACACAGAGAACUCCUCCGCCCCACAGUUGGCAGGAAAGACCACAACAGUCCAAAACCGUAAUAUGUCUGCUUUGGGGUCAAAACCUGGCUUGAAACCCUCCCUUACAAAAACACCCAUCACUCGUGGACGCUCCAGCAGUGCCAAAUAUGCCAGCAGCACAGCAAGCUCCCGGAGAAGACAGAAAGGUUCUGGCUAUGCCUCCACAUCUGAUGAGGAGUACGACUCCAAUCGAAGUGUCCCUAAACACAAACGCUCCCAACCUUCCUCAGCCUCUCACAGUCCGCACCGACCCCCUCGACCCGUGGUCCCGGUGCACCCCAAAAGCCACAACAAGAAUUCUCAAGAGGAGAACCAGGAGGGGGAGGAUUUGAACAGCUGGUCCACCCACAGUGCUGAGAUUGCACGCUUGAGUCAAGACUUGGCUAAAGAUCUUGCCAUCUUGGCCCGAGAGAUUCAUGACGUCACAGGAGAAGGUGACGGGAAGAAUUUGACGGUACAGAGUAGCGUUCCCAUUUCUGCUGUGACUGCUCAUGAAAAGCUUGUUGAGCGUAUACCGGAGAUGGGAUUGAACUAUCGGAGAGUCCCGCCAUGUUCUCCAGCAGCAGAAUCUUACCUGAACUCAAAUGACCAAGAUCUGAACUCCACUCGGCAAUAUGACAGCAGAGAGGAGGUCACUGUGGAGGACCCUGCACUCAAUCCAUUGUCUCAGGUCAUCAUGGCCAUCAGAGAAAACACAGAGCAGCUUUCUGAGAAGAUCAAGGUGCUAUUUCAUGACAGAAUGGAUGUUUGGGAACAAAUCGAGACAAAUGUUGAUUUAGACAGUGAUGGGCCUGUUGGGAAAGCAUUCAACAAGGACAUUGCGAUUUUGAAAGAACUACGGAGAGUUCAAAGACAACUUGAGGUCAUUAAUACAGUCAUGGAGCCCAGUUGGCAGCUGGAUGCUCGGUCCUCUGAGCCUGAGGUCACCUCAAUAGGAGUUUGCUCAGCCAGAACCGUGGCCUCACGGGACUGGAGAACAGUCCAUUCGGUCUCCAAGAGAGGAGGUGGUCGGAGGCCCGGCGAGAGUGUGCGGAGGGCUGCCGUGACGCCAGAAGAUGUCAGAGAGGGACGCUUGGUUUGACGUCGGCAUCCGCUCUGCUUGCAUGUGGGAGGGGUGUAAAACAGGUGUCAAUUUGGAAGACAGGAAGUGAAAUUGAGCAGGGUGAAAAGUGGAAGUGAUACAGACUACUGAACUUUGAACAGCACACAUGGAAGCACCACUAUGUUGUUGAACACAACACACAAUCUUCGGUUCUAUCAUGAAAUAACCUCGACACUACUUGAUUGCUAUAUUUGCCGGUAAAUUGACCAACAACACAAGUGGCUGUUUUUCAAGUUCAGUUGAAAGUAAUUGAUAAUAUUUGGAGGGAAACGGGAAAAAAAAAAAAAACCUGGGAGCGACAACUCAGGGAGCCUGACUAAAAAUUACUUUUGUGUUCACUAAUGAACUAUGAUUAGUUGUAUCUGCAGCUAUCAUAUAUUGGCAUUUUCCCCAUUUCAAAUGUUCUUUCACAUUUAUGUAUUUUGACCAAAAUUGUGCAGAAUAUCAAGUACUUGUUUAGUAAGACACUCAUGUAUUAUUUCCAAGAUAUCAAGAUGAUAUUUGAUUAUUGAAUCACCUCAUUAAUUAGUUGUAACUUUUUACCACCAAGGAGGAAAACCAAAUACAAGUUACUGCCAAACCUAAUGUGCAAUUCAAUAAAUGUACUGUACUGUUGCUUUAUGAGCAACAGAGCAUGGUUAUUAGCAAGUUUUCCUUUGACUAAUCCCAACAAAAUUUUAAAUCCUUAAUCAGUGUAUUACGUUAUACCAAUUACCUCUGAUUGUUACAGGGCCUUUUCACUACAAUAGCACAACUUUAUCCCUCUUCUCCACUGCUUUUCACCUGUGUGACAGCAGGAUGAAAGCGUCAUGGUGCACCAGUGAGUUGAUGUUCUUUCAUUUUCCAGUCCAGGUUGUGCAUGAUUGUGAAGUUCUUGUAGGUGCCACUCAGCUGUGUUAGCCAAGUGCAAGCUGUUUACAAGUGAAUGUGUGACGUGUUGCUGCUAAUCUUCUUUGAUGGGAUAGUUGGGUUUAAUCCCAAAACAGUCCUUAAAUUAUAAAUUUACAAAGCUGAAAUGUAAACUGUGUUCCAUUGCUGUUUGAUAAAGAAUCACAUGUUUUGGCUUUUAGUUUGCUUGUAAAUGUUUUGUGUUCAGUCAUUGUGUCAAGAUGUUGUGAGGGUCUUUUUCAAAUAAAUUCAACGAGCAAAUGCCUAAC